AUGUGGUCAAUUCUGUAUAACACACUACUAUUCCUCUCCCCUUUGACCCCUUCAUCGCUUCAUACACUGAGUAGUCACCAUCCUGAGAGAUAUCAUGGACCAGAUACCGAUGGUGGAGCCUGGUCUGAAGCUUACGGAAAGGCGAAAGAGGUGGUCGGUCAAAUGACCGUUGAGGAGAAAGUAAAUCUCACCACAGCAGUGACUGGCCAAUGUCAAGCCAAUUCUGGAGGUGUACCAAGAUUAGGUAUACCUGGAUUAUGCUUCAAUGACGGACCCGCUGGGCCAAGAUAUACGGACUUCGUCACUCAAUGGCCAUCGGAAUUCACGGCAGCGGCUUCCUUCGAUAGAGAUUUGAUAGAACAGCGAGCUGAGAGGAUAGGUAAAGAAUUCAGAGGGAAAGGAAUAAAUGUGGAACUCGGUCCUGUCACGGGUGGUCCCCUUGGUAGAUCACCAUAUGCAGGUAGAAAUUGGGAAGCAUUCACUCCUGACCCGUAUCUCUCAUCCACCCUCUCCUUCCUCACUGUAAGAGGCAUGCAAUCUUCAGGACUCAUUACCUGUGCGAAGCAUUACAUCCUCUACGAGCAAGAACCUGUGUGUGAUGGUCCUUUGGACGAUGAAGGUGGUAGGACCGGAUGUAGGGAUGUAAGCAGUGAGGUUGAUGAUAAGACAAUGAAGGAGCUUUAUCUGCCCAGUUUCGCGGAGACAGUCAGAGCUGGAACAGGGUCUAUCAUGUGCUCAUACAACAGAAUUAAUGGAACUGCUGCUUGCGAGAGCAAUGACGCAUUGAACAGGAUAUUGAAAGACGAAUUAGGAUUCAAGGGAUUUGUACUGAGUGAUUUUGGUGCUACUCACUCUACAGUUCCUUCAGCCUUAGGAGGCAUGGACAUGGAAUUGCCCGGCGAGAGGUAUUAUGGAAAGAACCUCUUGAAGGCUGUACAUAAAGGUGAUAUAUCAGAAUCGAAGCUGGAUGAUAUGGUUCACAGAAUUUUGACACCCUGGUACGCCGCGAAACAAGACACCGAUUAUCCCAAGAUCAACUAUCAGAAAUAUGAUCUCUCUGAUAAAGUUGAUAUCAAUGGUCACACAUUUAGAAACGAGCAUGUUAACGUGAAGGGAAAUAAUGCUCUAUUUGCAAGGAAGGUGGCUGCUGAAUCUACGGUUCUAUUGAAGAACUCUGGAAUCCUUCCAAUGAAAGGAAUUCGAAGAAUAGGUGUCUUUGGCAAGGAUGCAGAUUACCCUUCGACUUUGAGUGGUUGUGGACCUGAUUUAUUCUGUCUGGUAGGAUCAAGAAGGAGGUAUUGGAAUGGAACUGUUACUAUAGGAGGAGGUUCUGGAGCUGCAUAUGCGGAUUACAUUGCUGCACCGAUAGAAGCCAUCACCUUAAAAGCUCGGCAACAUGGCAUAAGGGUUGAUCAUGUACUUCAAGAUGAUGAGGCGUAUUACGGCUCAAUGGGAUGGAUAGCAUAUCAAUCUGAAGUGUGCAUAGUAUUUGUAUCAGUCUUCUUGGUAGAAGGUUGGGACAGAGAACAUCUUCGACUGGAUAAAAAAGGUGAAGAUCUGAUUAGACAUGUUGAAAGUCAUUGCGCGGGAGAAGUGGUGGUGGUCUUACAUUCAGGUGGUCAGGUUGUAGUUGAAGAUUGGAUUGAUCUACCUAAAAUUGGUGCAGUUUUAUUUGCAGGUUAUCCAGGUCAGGAAACCGGGAAUGCACUGGUUGAUAUACUAUGGGGGGACGUUAAUCCGUCUGCGAAAUUACCAUUCACAAUGGGUAAAUCAGCUGAAGAUUGGCCCAAGGACAAUAUUAUAAGGAAGAUGGGUAAAGGUUCAUAUCCACUAUCUAAGUUCUCUGAGGGUCUAGCUAUAGAUUAUAAGUGGUUCGAUAAGCAUAAUAUCACACCUAGAUACGAGUUUGGUUAUGGGCUGAGUUACACAUCAUUCGAGAUGUCUGCAUUGGUAAUUGAAGAGGAUUAUGGAAAAGACAGAGACACCAUACAAAAGACAAAUGAAAGGUAUGAAGGAGAAAAAGACUUAUACGACAACUUGUAUAUGGCCAAAGUGAAUGUGACGAAUAUCGGCAAAGUCUCCGGAGCAGCAGUAGCUCAACUCUACAUGACAUUUCCUGAAGAUGAAAACGAUCAACCUCCUAAACAUCUGAGAGGAUAUGCUAAGAAGUUUCUUGAAGUUGGACAAAUGAGCACCGUUGAAUUCUCUCUUCGGAAAAAGGAUAUUUCAGUAUGGGAUGUUGAUAGACAACUUUGGAGAAUCCCCAGAGGAACGUUCACUUUCAGAGUUGGGAAUAGUUCCAGGUCAUUACCCUUAAGUGUGGAAUUGAAGAUUAGCUCUCUCCAUUGA